AUGGCGUCCGUCAAGGCCAACAGCAAAAGACACAAGGACGACAAGGAGCACCACCGGAAGAGGCUGACUGAUGCUUCCUUCAACGCCAACCGGUAUCCUAAUCCCCUGGAGGCUCGGCCGUCGCCAGAUCCCAAGUUCAAGGGGCCAGAGGGCGUAACGGCGAAGAUGACGCGGAACUGGUUGGAUAUGAUCAAAGCGGCCAAGGUGAACUCGGCUUCCUCACAGCUAUGA